GUCACACAGCCUCUACCAGGUGUCCUCCCAGCAGGGCAAACGGCUCUCCCUGUGUCACCCAAAGACCUCCGGACUUCACUCUGCUUCUGGGGAUUCACCUUCUCACCAGAGCACCACCAGAUGCUUCACUACCUGUCUCCACCAUACUCUAUCUCUGAGACUUUGCAGACGGCUUUGCUGUUGAGUUUAAAGAAUGGGUCGUAUCAAAAGGACAUCUUGGAAUGGAAAACUUCAAAACAAGUUUAAGGUGGAAAGCAAUAAGAAUGUUUAAGUGCUGGUCAGCUGUUUUGGUUCUUGGAUUCAUUUUGCUGGAGUCAGAAGGAAGGCCAACCAAAGAAGCAGGAUAUGGCCUUAAAUCCUACCAACCUCUAAUAAGAUUGCGACACAAGCAGGAAAAGAGUCAAGAAAGUUCAAGAAUCAAAGGAUUCCUGAUUCAGGAUGUCCCUUUGGGGUCUUGUGAAAAUAAAUACUGUGGUUUGGGAAGGCACUGUGUCAUCGGCAGAGAGACAGGGCAAGCAGAAUGUGCCUGUAUGGACCUUUGCAAACGUCACUACAAACCUGUGUGUGGAUCUGAUGGGGAAUUUUACGAAAACCACUGCGAAGUGCAUAGAGCUGCCUGCCUGAAAAAGCAAAAGAUUACCAUUGUUCACAAUGAAGACUGCUUCUUUAAAGGAAAUAACUGCAAGACCACUGAAUACAACAAGAUGAAAAGCAUGCUUUUAGAUUUACAAAAUCAAAAAUAUAUUACACAAGAAAAUGAAAACCCUAACGGUGAUGACCUGUCCUGGAAGAAGUUGUUGGUGGAUCAAAUGUUUAAAUAUUUUGAUGCCGACAGUAACGGACUUGUAGAUAUUAAUGAACUAACUCAGGUGAUAAAACAGGAAGAACUUGGCAAGGAUCUUUCUGAUUGUACUUUGUAUGAUCUACUGAAAUACGAUGAUUUUAACUCUGACAAGCACCUGGCUCUUGAAGAAUUUUAUAGAACAUUCCAGGUUAUCCAGUUGAGUCUGCCUGAAGAUCAGAAACUAAGCAUUACAGCAGCAACCGUGGGACAAAGUGCUGUUCUGAGCUGUGCCAUUCAGGGGGCACUGAGACCCCCCAUCAUCUGGAAAAGGAACAAUAUUAUUCUAAAUAAUUUAGAUUUGGAAGACAUCAAUGACUUUGGAGAUGAUGGGUCCUUGUAUAUUACUAAGGUUACCACAACUCACAUGGGCAAUUACACCUGCUAUGCAGAUGGUUAUGAACAAGUCUUUCAGACUCACAUCUUCCAAGUAAAUGUCCCUCCAGUGAUCCGGGUGUAUCCAGAGAGUCAGGCUCGAGAACCUGGGGUAACUGCAAGUCUCAGGUGCCACGCAGAGGGCAUACCAAACCCUCAGCUUGGCUGGCUGAAGAAUGGAAUCGAUAUUACACCAAAGCUGUCCAAACAACUCACACUUCAAGCAAAUGGCAGCGAGGUUCAUAUAAGCAAUGUGCGCUAUGAAGAUACAGGAGCAUACACUUGUAUCGCAAAGAAUGAAGCAGGAGUGGAUGAAGACAUCUCUUCUCUUUUCGUGGAAGAUUCUGCCAGAAAGACCCUAGCUAACAUAUUAUGGAGAGAAGAAGGAUCGAAAAUAACAAAUAUGAACUACAUAAUUCUGAGAGCCAUUUUUAUUUCCACAUGUAGUCUGGGAAUUGGGAACAUGUUCUAUGUUUUUUAUGAAGAUGGAAUCAAAGUGAUACAACCCAUAGAAUGUGAAUUUCAGAGGCACAUUAAGCCUAGUGAAAAGCUCCUUGGAUUUCAGGAUGAAGUAUGUCCCAAAGCUGAAGGAGAUGAAAUUCAGAGGUGUGUGUGGGCCUCAGCUGUUAAUGUCAAAGACAAGUUCAUUUAUGUUGCACAGCCAACUUUGGACAGAGUCCUUAUCGUUGAUGUGCAGUCCCAAAAAGUUGUUCAGGCAGUAAGCACAGACCCUGUGCCAGUUAAAUUACACUACGACAAAUCACAUGACCAGGUAUGGGUGUUAAGCUGGGGUACCAUGGAAAAGACUUCUCCAACAUUGCAAGUAAUAACCCUGGCCAGUGGGAAUGUUCCCCACCACACUAUUCACACCCAGCCUGUGGGAAAGCAGUUUGACCGAGUGGAUGAUUUUUUUAUCCCCAUGACAACACUCAUCAUCACACAUAUGAGGUUUGGAUUUAUUCUUCACAAAGAUGAAGCUGCAUUACAAAAAAUUGAUCUUGAAACCAUGUCAUACAUCAAGACAAUUAACUUGAUGGACUAUAAGUGCAUUCCUCAGUCAUUGGCAUAUACACACUUGGGAGGAUACUACUUUAUUGGCUGCAAAUCUGACAGCACUGGGGCAAUUCCACCACAGCUUAUGGUGGACAGUGUAACCGACUCAGUCAUUGGAUUCAAUAGCGAUGUGACGGGCACUCCAUAUGUCUCUCCAGAUGGGCACUAUCUUGUCAGCAUUAAUGAUGUGAGAGGUCUUGUAAGGGUCCAGUACAUUACCAUCCGAGGAGAAAUACAGGAGGCUUUUGAUAUUCACACAAAUCUGCACAUAUCUGAUCUGGCAUUUCAGCCAUCCUUUACUGAAGCUCACCAAUACAACAUUUAUGGUAGUUCAAGCACACAAACUGAUGUGCUCUUUGUGGAGCUCUCCUCUGGGAAGGUUAAGAUGAUAAAGAGUCUUAAGGAACCACUCAAGGCAGAAGAAUGGCCUUGGAACCAGAAGAACAGGCAAAUCCAGGACAGUGGCUUGUUUGGUCAGUACCUGAUGACACCUUCCAAGGACUCUCUCUUUAUACUAGAUGGACGACUCAAUAAGUUAAACUGUGAGAUCACUGAAGUUGAGAAAGGAAAUACAGUCAUUUGGGUUGGAGAUGCCUAGAAGCCCUAUUAGAUAAUUAUUGAAUGAAGAGUUUUCCAGUACAUUGCACUUAACCCAUUGUUUAAAUUUACAGCUUAACUUUUCAAGAUCACACCCUAGUCAAACAUAAGUUACUUGAUAGACCCAAAUAAAACAGAUUUUUUCUUUUGCAAAGAUGAACACAAUUAGUAAUAUUGGUUGACUGGAAAUAUUUAACACAACAUUUAAUAAAAAAAACUAGAUCAAUCACAAGAUUCAAAUCUAUAAUUACAUUCAAGCCAACAAAGUAGAAAUUUAAACAAUUAAAAAAUAACUGCAGGGAAUUUCAGAUGACUUUAAGCAUUUCAUUUUGGAAGUGAUUUAUCUAUUAUUUUUUCUCUGUCUUUUGGUAUGCUUCAACUAGAACUCAAAAGGUAUUGUGGAACCUUAAAAUUCUUACUUCAAAAUAUUAUGUCCCAUCCACUGUUUAUAAUCUUUUGUGCCUUGAAGGGAAUGUCACAAGAGGAAAAAGUAGGCUGAAAGCUGCAUACUGAACACCCUCAUAACUACAAAUCUUUUGUCAUUAAAAGAGAAAAGUUUAACAUCUCUUACACCAAAUCCUGUCUUCAGCAUUGGUUUAAACCUCAACGAAAUAUCAUUUGAAGGCAUAAGUUGGCCUUAGGUCGUACACCAGUGACAAACUCUAUUUAAUACUUACUAUAUGGUCUGCAGCAUGCUAUGGAAAAUGAGGAGGAAAGGAGGAAAAAUAAUUAUGAAAAAAUGUUUUCAAUGUAUUCUCUAUUCAUUUUGCUUUUAAUCAUUGGAGUGCAUUGUAUUUUUAAUGCAAGUUUGUCUGGGAUGUCAACUGCUUACAAAUGUUUACUAUUAGCAGAAUCGAUUCCUUUCUUUUCAUGUAGUCCAGAAUUGAAUCAGCAGGAACUUUCAGUUUUAAAAAAGUAGUACCAUUUGUAUCUGCUUAGAGUAAACCUCAUAUGGGGAAAUUAACACCAAGAACUGAUGAAUAUUAGUGGGUUAGGAGAAUUAGUAGCAGAAAUUGGAAAUAAGGGGAUAGCUCCACAGUGGUGAGUAAAGACAUACUUCACUAUUGCCUUGGCAAUUUAAAUAUAACUCAUCAAAGAACUUCGUUCCUUAAGAACUUUCCUAAAUAACUUCUGCUCAACUCCUACAUAAUCCUUAAAUGACCCCCUCAUUAACUGUGUGCUAUGGUUUGAAACCUAACUAAUCCUCUUAUUUGAGAAACUGUAUAGAAGUAAAAAUUAUUGCUUCUUUUUUUUUUAAGGGCAAAUAAAAGGCCAGUAGAUGUGGAUUAAAACUAGAAAGUUGGUUUACUGAAAUAAGCAGAUAAUUAUCUAGGCUUAAAAUAAUAGCUUACAUGUUUGGAGAAUCUUUUUACUUAUUUUUUUUUAAUUGUUGCUAAAAAUGCUAGUGGGCUGUUGAAAUGACCUCCGUUUACUGAAGGUAAUCCAAUAAGGUCUUUUUUAAAUACAAAUUUUACUCAAGUUUAAAUUGUAUAAAACUGCUUAGAAACCUGAAAUUUUAUAGUGUGUAAUAUCUUAUGUAUAUAUAGCAUCCUGAGCUGUGUGAUACAGUAGAUUUCUUCUUAGCUUAAGGAAACAUUAUGGGAGGUAGAUUUAAUAAACAACAAAGAUCAGCUUAUGUUUCUACUUACCUGCUUUCCUUUUUAGCGAUUUUCUCCCUUGUGAACAUGAACCAUAUAAAGUGUCUAAUGAUUUAAUGUAAGUCUGUCUCAUACAUCCUUCUUCAGUAGCUUACACCAUGUGGAUGCUCUGUCUGUAG